UUGAACCUACCCGGCAUCAAAUGCCACCUUCAACAUCAUUGCUGCUCCUCGCAGCACUUCUUCCAUUCGCUUUACCAGCAAGCGAUUGGAAGACUGGAGAAGUCACUGGAAAAGUCGUCGAAAAAUCAGAAUUCCCAUGCUACAGUCUGUCACGUGACAAUUACACAUGCUCAGCGUGCAUUCAAUAUCAUGAAUCUUGCGCGUGGUGUGGAGCACCGAUGUUCGACGAGAAGAAGCCAUAUGCCCGUUGUGAUAGCCGUGCCAAGCUCAUGGAACAUGGAUGUCCAAACAGUUAUAUCGAGGAUCCGGCCACAAAAUUGGAUAUCACUGAAGACAGUAAACUCUCCGAUCAAGGACAAGUUGAAUCUGAGGAAGAAGCCGUUCAGAUCAAACCACAGGAGAUGUACGUCGAAAUUCGGCCCAAAUCCCGUGUUCGUUUCAAUGUGACCUACCGUCAAGCCGUUGAUUAUCCAGUUGACUUGUACUAUUUGAUGGAUCUCUCAUAUUCCAUGAAGGAUGACAAACAGAAACUGUCCGAACUCGGAGACUUGCUCGCCGAACGAAUGAGAACUGUCACAAAGAAUUUCCGAUUAGGAUUCGGUUCAUUCAUUGACAAGAAACUUAUGCCAUUCAUCGAUCCACGAAUCGAAAAACAAUUAUCUCCGUGUCCAACACCAUGUGCAGAACCAUAUGGAUUCAAGCAUCAAAUGUCAUUGACGACGAACACGGCAAAGUUCAAGGCUGAAGUUGAUAAAGCUGAAAUUUCUGGAAAUUUGGAUGCUCCGGAAGGAGGUUUCGAUGCUGUUGUUCAGGCGUUGGCUUGUAAUAAAACCAUUGGGUGGCGUGAACGUGCUCGUAAAAUGAUCGUUUUCUCAACUGACGCUGGAUUCCAUUUCGCUGGAGACGGAAGAUUGGCAGGUGUCGUCGAACCAAAUGAUGGAACAUGUCAUUUAGAUAGAGAAGGAUAUUAUACUGAAACACUUAAUCAAGAUUAUCCAUCAAUUGCACUUCUUCAUCAAAUGAUCAAGGAUCGUAAGGCAAAUGUCAUUUUUGCUGUUACAAAGAACAAUCAGGAUUUGUAUACACAAUUGUCGAAUGCACUCCCAGAUGUUUCAUCGUCGGUUGGAGUUUUGGCUAAUGAUUCAAGAAAUAUUGUCGAUUUGAUUGAGAAGGAAUAUUUGAAAAUUAGUGAAAAGAUCAUUAUGGUUGAUAAUGCAAAUGCUUCAGAAGGACUCAAGCUCACUUACAGAUCUAUGUGUUUGGACGGAACCACACUGAAAGAUACCAAUGUUUGUGAGGGAAUUCGUGUUGGAGAUGAAGUUCAAUUCGAAGUAACCCUUGAAAAUACUCAUUGUAUCGAUAAACGUGAUUUUGUUCUCCGUAUCGGACCAUCUGGAUUGGAUGAGACACUUAUCGUUAAUGUUAAAGUUUUAUGCGAUUGUGAUUGUGAACGUCAAGACAGAAUUGUGACGAAUUCGGCUGAUUGUAACGGAGGAGAUAUGGUUUGUGGAGUUUGUCGAUGCAAAGGAGGAAAUGUUGGAAAAUAUUGUGAAUGUAAUAGACCUGGAAUGAGUACUGCUGCGCUCAAUGAAAAAUGCAAAAGAACUAACGAAUCAGCAAUCUGUGAGGGUCGUGGUGUGUGUAACUGUGGACGUUGUGAAUGUAAUCCACGUGCCAAUCCAGAAGAACAAAUCUCUGGAGAAUUCUGUGAAUGCGACAACUUCAAUUGCCCACGACACGAUCGUAAAAUCUGUGCAGAACACGGUGAAUGCAACUGUGGAAAGUGUAUUUGUGCACCUGGAUGGACUGGAAGAGCCUGUGAAUGCCCAAUUUCAACUGAUUCAUGCCUCUCUGCAAAUGGAAAAAUCUGUAAUGGAAAGGGUGAAUGUAUUUGUGGAAGAUGUCGAUGCUUCGAUUCGCCCGACGGAAAUCGAUAUUCGGGAGCGAAAUGCGAAAUUUGUCCGACGUGUCCGACGAAAUGUGUGGAAUACAAGAAUUGUGUAAUGUGCCAGCAAUGGCAGACAGGGCCACUUAAUGAGACCGCCUGUGAUCAGUGUGAAUUCAAAGUUAUUCCUGUUGAGGAAUUACCCAAUCUCAACGAAACUACACCCUGCCAAUUUGUGGAUCCAGCUGAUGAUUGUACAUUCUAUUAUCUCUACUAUUACGAUGAGGCCACAGAUAAUGCAACAGUCUGGGUCAGAAAACAUAAAGAUUGUCCUCCACCUGUCCCUGUGCUCGCAAUUGUGCUCGGAGUCAUUGCGGGUAUCGUAAUCCUCGGAAUUCUUCUCUUGUUGCUCUGGAAAUUGCUCACAGUACUUCAUGAUAGAUCCGAAUACGCUACUUUCAAUAACGAAAGGCUUAUGGCCAAAUGGGAUACGAACGAGAACCCAAUCUACAAACAGGCCACGACAACAUUUAAAAAUCCAGUAUACGCUGGAAAAGCCAACUAAAUAGUUUUUAUCCUUAUAUUUUAAUAAUUUUCCCAAAUUUUCUAAUAUGAAAGCUCAAUUUCUCCAUCCAAACAACUCGAAACGAGUAUUUAGCGAUAAAUUGUCACAUUCUUCUUUGUUUUAUUCAAAAAAUCUCCAUUUUUUUGUUUUUUUUUCCUUCAUCAAUUGUUCAUCACACUGCUUUUACCCCAUUCUAAAUACGGAUUUUUUUCUUCCUUCUCUAUAUAUUGACUUGCUUUAUAUUCAUCUUUCAUUGCCUUUUGUCCCUCUUAACACCGACCAACAACUCACACACUUCUUGUACUAUUUCCAAUUUUCAAUGGUGCUUUUAUUUUUGAACUAUCUUGUUCGAAUUUUUCAUGUAAUAUUAAUUUUAUAUGAAAAAAAUCUGAAAAAUU